UUCAUUUCCCCGUAUCCAUUAACCACAAUGACGUCAGUCUCCGCCAGGGCGCUGACACGCAUUUAUAACCAAGGCACUCGCCGCGUCUCAAGGAAUACCCAACCCACCCUUUUCGUCAAGCUCACUCUCACUUUUGCUGAGCUACAUAAUUGAUUGUCCACGAUGGCUUGGUCGAUAGCACUUCCCCGAGAGGUCUUUACCUCGCCAAUCCUUUCUGUCACAGCUCCUACCACGGUCGGGAUGUUAGUCGGUUAUCUGGUCAACCGCUCAGGAAAAACUAAGCGAACCUACAAAUCACUUCAAAAGCCGACCUUCUAUCCGCCGGCAUGGCUAUUCGCACCAAUGUGGACCGUCCUCUACGGGGCCAUGGGAUACGCCGCUCACCACGCGACAGUGGCCGGAUAUAGCGCUCUGACCUCCUCCACCGCUGCACAGAGCUUGGGUACGAAUUGGCAAACGCUUUACACAUCACAGCUAGUGCUCAACUACCUCUGGAUGCCCCUCUUCUUUGGGAUCCGUCGCCCUGCCUGGGCAUUGGCGGAUAUGUUGCUGUUGGGAGGGAACGUGGCAGCUCUGAUGCAGACCUGGUGGAAGACGGAUCGCACGGCCUUUUGGCUCAUGGUCCCCUACGCGGGGUGGCUAGCAUUUGCGACGUAUCUCAAUGCCGGUGUGGGAGUAUUGAAUAAGUGGACCAUUGGAGAAAAGCCGAAGGAUCAGUAAAUAGACGUCGUGGUUCUGUAUUUUUACCAAUCUGAUAUUUGCGUCUUUCAUGACUGCGUUUCUCGCUGUAUCUUCUACCUCCAGGCUACA